AUGCCGACAAAAUUUUUAUUGCUGGUUCUAUCUAUCUAUCUAUCUAUCUAUCUAUCUAUCUAUCUAUCUAUCUAUCUAUCUAUCUAUCUCAUCUCACCCCCCAUUAUCUAUCUAUCUAUCUAUCUAUCUAUCUAUCUAUCUAUCUAUCUAUCUAUCUAUAUCGGUCUGUUCAUUAUCUAUCUAUCUAUCUAUCUAUCUAUCUAUCUAUCUAUCUAUCUAUCUAUCAAUUUCGGUCUCUUCAUUAUCUAUCUAUCUAUCUAUCUAUCUAUCUAUCUAUCUAUCUAUCUAUUUCGGUCUGUUCAUUAUCUAUCUAUCUAUCUAUCUAUCUAUCUAUCUAUCUAUUUCGGUCUGUUCAUUAUCUAUCUAUCUAUCUAUCUAUCUAUCUAUCUAUCUAUCUAUCUAUCUAUCUAUCAAUUUCGGUCUGUUCAGUAUCUAUCUAUCUAUCUAUCUAUCUGGCAUUGUGAGUCAGGACUUUCUGGCCAAACUACUACUUACUUACUAACUAUCUAUCUAUCUAUCUAUCUAUCUAUCUAUCUAUCUAUCUAUCUAUCUAUCUAUCUGGGUACUGGUCAGCUAUACAUCUAUCUAUCUAUCUAUCUAUCUAUCUAUCUAUCUAUCUAUAUCAGUCUGUUACCUUCCUUCUUUCUUUCUUUCUUUCUUUCUAUAUAUCUGAAUCUUUUUCUAUCUAUCUAUCUAUCUAUCUAUCUAUCUAUCUAUCUAUCUUCUACAAAGAAGAAAACAGAGAUAGAUAGAUAUAUCUAUCUCUUCUGUUUCCUUCCUUCCUUCUUUCUUUCUUUCUUUCUUUCUAUAUAUCUGAAUCUAUUUCUAUCUAUCUAUCUAUCUAUCUAUCUAUCUAUCUAUCUAUCUAUCUAUCAGUUUUUUCAUAACUAUCUGUCUAUCCCAUCCUGUUCAUAUCUAUCUAUCUAUCUAUCUAUCUAUCUAUCUAUCUCAGUCUGUUUCCUUCUUUCUUUCUUUAUAUCUGAAUCUUUUUCUAGCUACCUACCUACAUACCUAAUUAUCUAUCUAUCUAUCUAUCUAUCUAUCUAUCUAUCUAUCAGAUUUUACAAGCACAAUAAUAUAUUUGCUGCCCCUAAUCAUUUUCUAUCUAUCUAUCUAUCUAUCUAUCUAUCUAUCUAUCUCGGUCUAUCUAUCUAUCUAUCUAUCUAUCUAUCUAUCUAUCUAUCUAUCUAUCUAUCCUCAAAUCAAUCAAAUUCUGCUCAAAUCUCUCUCAUUCUGCUCAAAUCUAUCUAUCUAUCUAUCUAUCUAUCUAUCUAUCUAUCUAAACCUGUUCCUAUCUAUCUGUCUCAGUCUGUUCCUAUCUAUCUAUCUAUCUAUCUAUCUAUCUAUCUAUCUAUCUAUCCUAUUCUGUUCAGAUCUAUCUAUCUAUCUAUCUAUCUAUCUAUCUAUCUAAACCUGUUCCUAUUUAUCUGCCUCAGUCUGUUCCAAUCUAUCUAUCUAUCUAUCUAUCUAUCUAUCUAUCUAUCUAUCUAUCGCAGUAUCUAUCUAUCUAUCUAUCUAUCUAUCUAUCUAUCUAUCUAUCUAUCUAAACCUGUUCCUAUCUAUCUGUCUCAGUUUGUUCCUAUCUAUCUAUCUAUCUAUCUAUCUAUCUAUCUAUCUAUCUCAGUCUGUUCCUAUCUAUCUAUCUAUCUAUCUAUCUAUCUAUCUAUCUAUCUAAACUUGUUCCUAUCUAUCUUAGUCUGUUCCUAUCUAUCUAUCUAUCUAUCUAUCUAUCUAUCUAUCUAUCUAUCUAUGUCUAUUCUUUUAUAUCUAUCCAUGGUCAUUCUCUCUUUUACUCCCUCUAUCAAUAUACCUAUAUGUCUGGUCUGUUCUUUCUUUCUUUCUUUCUUUCUUUCUUUCUUUCUUUCUAUCUAUCUAUCUAUCUCCAUUACAUUAAUUUUUUCUACGGAGAAUAAAUCGUCGAGUCUUCUUCCCCAUUUUUCUCUCCUACUUCCGCCCCCAUUGCAUGUUCAUAAAUUUGAAUCUUUCCUUCUUUUUCUCUUUCUCACUCUUCCUUAA